CUUUGUUGGAGGCGGGGCAGAGAAGAGAAAGAGAGAGAGGGGAGAAGAAAGAAAGGAAAGAAGGAAAGAAGGGAAAUGAGCAUCCAGUGAAGCCACAUCUGCCGUGGUGAGAAAGAAACCGGAAUCGAGUGGCUAUUGAGGAAUUUGGAAACCAAGAGUGCAGUCAGGGAACCAAUGGUGAAGGAAGAAGAAAUCCUCUCAAUGUGCUGAUCUUGCAGAACUCUUGGCCUCAUUCACAGAUCCAAAGGGGAAAAAGAAGAGUCAAGUGUCUGUCGUUCGGUAAAAAAUAAAUGCCACUCUCAAGAUGGGGAAGAAACUCUAUAAAUGUUCUGAAUGUGGGAAGAGCUUUCAAUACACGCGCCUUCUGCAGCAACAUGAAGUAAUUCACACUGGGGAGAAACCCUACACGUGCUUGGAAUGCGGAAAGAGCUUUGCGCUGAGAGAACAUCUGCGCAAACAUCGGAAAACUCACACUGGGGAGAGACCCUAUACAUGUUUAGAGUGUGGAAAGAGCUUCCGUGAGAGUGGAAAUCGAAAUAGACAUCAAAGGAGUCACACUGGGGAGAAACCCUAUACAUGCCUGGAGUGUGGGAAGAGCUUCACUGACAGUGGAAAUCUAAAUAGACAUCAAAGAAGUCACACUGGGGAGAAACCCCAUACAUGCCUGGAGUGUGGAAAGAGCUUUGCGUACAGUGGAAAUCUGCGUACACAUCAGAGAACUCACACUAGGGAGAGACCCCAUACAUGUUUGGAGUGUGGAAAGAGCUUCCGUGAGAGUGGAAGUCUACAUAGACAUCAGUGGACUCACACUGGGGAGAAACCCUAUCCAUGCGGAGAGUGUGGAAAGAGCUUCACUGCGAGUGGGCGCCUGCAUUUACAUCAACGGACUCACACUGGAGAAAAACCCCAUAUAUGUGUGGAGUGUGGAAAGAGCUUCACUGAAAGUGGGAAUCUAUGUCAACAUCAAAGGACUCACACUGGGGAGAAACCCUAUAAGUGCCUGGAGUGUGGGAAGAGCUUUGCGCUGAGUUCACAUCUAUAUAAACAUCAAAGGACUCACACUGGAGAGAAACCCUUUCAGUGCACGGAGUGUGGACAGGCCUUUGCGCAUAGUGGAAGUCUGCGUUCCCAUCAAAGGACCCACACUGGGGAGAAGCCCUAUCCAUGCCUGGAGUGUGGGAAGAGUUUUGCGCUGAUUUCACAUCUACGUAGACAUCAAAGGACUCACCUUGGGGAGAAACCAUAAACAGGUCGUCCUGGGUUGGAAACAGGUGUGGCACCUCAGAAUAAGCUUCACCUUGCUCUCAAACGCCACCAGAUCACGGCUGUAGGAUUUAUAGUUUAUUGUAAAGUUUCCAAAAGAAGGCAAAGGUUAAGUCAAUACAAAGUUCCAAAGUUCAGGUAAAAUGCACGGUACAGUUCCAGAAAUCCUUCAGAGACAAUCAAGGUAAACAGAAAUCAUGAAGCGAGAAGCACAACCCCUGUGCCCAGCAGCUUAGCCCAAAAGCAGCACGAAGGAAUCCAAUGCAGAAGCAUGAAACAGCUAGCAGAUAGCCACGUUGAAACUGACAGCUAAGAAUUGCCCGAGGAAGCCCUAAAUACAUUUUGCACAUCAAAACAAUCUAGUUUCCCACAAUCUGCUUUCCCACUGCUCCCUUGACCUGUCGCUGACCUAACUUGGCUGCGAUCCGAGAGCUCCGUCUCACGGUUUCGUUAUCCCUUUGAAGGAGCACCUGGCCUUCCUCCUUAUCAGCUGCAUUCCUGUCCUGUGAGAACUGCUUCUCCAGCUCGACUGCAGGCUGAGAAAACUGAAAACCAUCAGACUCAGGGGCCUGGUGAACCACAACACUAGGAUCCAUUCUGUAGGUUUGCUCUUAAGUUCAAUUUGUAUAUAAGUCAGAACAGAUACACUUCAAAGUAUAAUCCUAGACAUGUUUAAAGUGUGGAUAGUAUAUACUGAAGUGUUAUCACCCCUGCGGCAUUCCCUUUGUUGCCUGUGCUCCUGUUCAGAAGAUUCCCCCUCACUUUGUGUCCCUGUGAGAAUUGGAUUUUGACCCAAGAGGUGGGAGGAUGUGCCGGGAAUGGUUUGGGAAUACAAGGGAGCCAAAAAGGGGAACCAAAGGGUGUUUGAGAACAGAAUAGAGACACAGAGGUGGGAAGCUGAGAAAAGGAACAUUACAGGCAGAAGGGGGAAAGAAGGUUUGAUGUCAUGACCUAUAAAACCCUAGACGGCUCUGGUCCAGCGUACCUGUCCGAACGUAUCUCCUUCUCUGUCCCACCUCAGACCUUAAGAUCGUCUGGGGAGGCCCUGCUCUCGGCCUCGCCUUUGUCUCAAACAUGCUUGGUGGGGACGAGGGACAGGGCCUUCUCGGUGGUGGCUCCCUGUCUGUGGAAUUUGCUCCCCGGGGAAAUUAGGUCAUUGUCAUCCCUCCUCACCUUUAGAAAAAAGGUUAAAAUGUGGCUGUGGGACUAGGCCUUCGGGCAAUCAGGUUAAAGGACAAUUGAUAAUGUUUGACUAUGGCAUGGAAGAGGAUUUGGAUAAGUUAAGCAGAGUAAUCAUUAGUAGAUGGCUAGCUCAACAGCCACCAGGCGGGCAAUAGCUAAUCAGAGUGUAAGUAUACUGUUUUAAUCUUUAUUUAUUAAUGUUCAUGUUUAAUUGUUAUUUUUGAUAUUCUGUAUUUUAUGAUGCGGCAUUGAAUUAUUGCCAAUUGUAAGCCGCCCUGAGUGCCCCCCCCCCUCGGGGGUUGAGAAGGGUGGGGUAAAAAUGUUACAAAUAAAUAAAUAAAUAAAUGGGCGUGUUCACCUCAAUUGAGACUACAAAACCCAUGAUCCAGAGACAGUCAAACAUGGCACUCGCUUGACUUGAUUGUAAACACACCUUAGUUACUCUGUAGACUUAAAGUAUUGUAAUCUCCUCAAUUCCUCGUCUGAAUUGGAAAGUGAAAAGGACCAGGCAUGUCAGGGGCACAGAGCACCAACACCUGGGAGUCCUGCUUGGUGCAAUGACUGUGGGUGGGUGAGUGAGUGGGUGGUGUCAUGUUGCCAGGGCUCUGCCUUAUUUAGGUAGAGAUGAAUCAAACGCCCAGUUUUAUCAAACAGUUUAAUUAAAACAGCACUUACUUGCUGGCUGUUUUAAUAGACCAAAAUAUAAAACACAAAGAUAGCACUCAGCUACAGAAUAAACAAAAACUGAUAGCAAAAAUAACUUCGUAGUCAAAAGGGUCCAGUCCAGUGGUCAAACGCCAAGAGUUCAAUAACAGAGUCCAGGGAUCAAGAGUCUAUACCAUAGUCAAAAGCCAGUCCAAAGGUUCAAGGUUCCAAGAUUACAGGAGACAGGUCAGGAUACCGAAAAUCCAACAGACCUGGGGGAAAAACCAGCAGCAUCCACCACCAAAAUGCAACAGAUACUUUUCUCCCAAA